AUAUGAUGUAGCAAAUAUAGACAGUCCAAACAUGGACUUUAAUCCUCAGAGACAAAGUAAAACAGCAGAUACAAUGUUCGCAGUGAAUUAUGAACCUUUGCCAUCUCUAAGAGAGCUGGUAAGCAAGGAUAUUGUUAUAGAUAACAAACAUGUUCAAGAUAAAGUUAUUCCUGCGCUCAUAUCACUUCAACAAGUAACUAGCAGUGAUGUGCAAUCGCCAAUGAAUCUAAAAGCUACCACUGUAGAUGAUAUUUUAGCAGACGCAAAAGUGAUAGCAAUGGAUGACAUUCAAUUUGAUGAAAUUCAAAAUGUAAAAACUAUAAUUGGUCCUGCACUCAGACCACUUCAACAAGUAAUUAGCAGGGAUGUGCAAUCAACAACGAAUGUAACAACUACCACUGUAGAUAAUAUUGUAGCAGACACAAAAGUGAUAGCAAUGGAUGACAUUCUAUUUGAUGCAAUUAAAAAUGUUGAAACUAAAAUUGGUCCUGCGCUUAAACCACUUCAACAAGUAACUACUAGCAGAGAUGUGCAAUCAACACUGAAUCUAACAACUACCACUGUAUAUGAUAUUGUAGUAGACACGAAAGUGAGGGCAAUGGAAGACAUUUUAUUUGAUGAAAUUAAAAAUGUUGAAACUAAAAUUGUUCCUGCGCUCAGAUCACUUCAACAAGUAACUGGCAGUGAUGUGCAAGCAACAACGAAUCGAACAACUACCACUGUAGAUGAUAUUGUAGCAGACACAAAAGUGAUCGCAAUGGCUGACAUUCAAUUUGAUGAAAUUCAAAAUGUUAAAACUAAAAUUGACGAAACUACUACUUCUAAGCCUAAUGAUACUAAUCAAACAACAACGGUGGAAAACAGUUCAGAUAAAAAGGUUUUAGUGUCAAAGUUCUUGAAAGUCGAUGAGACUAACGGAGAUAUGAAAUUCUCUUUAGUUAAUGAAGCAUCGGAUCUUACAAAUUCAAGUUCACGGAAAGUAUUUUUUGCCAAACCUGUAGUAAGUAAUGGGACAGAUUUGAUUUCAAUGACAGGCGAAUUAAAUAAACCAUUUGUCAAUCAAGGAUCAAUGAGUGAAGAGGAUUACAGACCAAAGGAUUUUUCUAAGUCUACAUUUGUUGGUGUUCCCAUGUCCAGAUUACUACCACUGUUACAUUCUUCAAUGAUUUUUCAGGAUCCAAGACUAAAUCUGAAGGGGACAAUAAGAACUUUCCCAACAUUAGGAAGGACCUUCAAAUAUCACAUGGGUUGCCCAGUAGUGUCGUGGGAUACAUUAAGGACAACGCCAGGAACAUCGGGGAUAUUGUAUUCGGUGGUAGAUGACCCAUAUAACUAUUAAAUUUUAUGUGCUGAACAAUCAUA